CUGACAACACUAUUGGAGGAUUACCAAAGCUGGUCUUUGCAUCCACUCUUUUCUUUGGUCAUUUAGCCCUCUUUUUGUUUCUAAACGGCAGAUGUUGGAAGAACCCCCUUAUUGAGGGCUGAAGAUAAGUAAGAGCCCUCGGCUGAAAAUUCAGUCAUUGGAACAGAUCUGGAAACUUCCCCUGCACAGCGGUUGCUGAGACACAGACAGGAUUUUUACACAAGUUGGAGAUGUGAUUCAUCACAAAGCAUUCUUCCAUGAGUGUGUACCAGACCAGUGGAUGCCAGAAUUGUCUCAGUUCCAAAGAACUACUUCCAGAAAGGCAAAUCCAUGAGUGAUUGUAUCCUGAUGGGAUUUCGUAUUAUUCCUACUUGGAUAAAUAACCCACCUAUGGAUCCCAAAGAAGAUCUCGUGGACAGGGACAUCACUCUGACUGUACUACUCCCAGGAGGACAGGAGACCACAUCCACAGUGCAUGGAAGUAAACCAGUUAUGGAUGUUCUGGUUACACUGUGUGCUCAACACCAUCUCGUUCCAUCAGAGCAUGUCAUUAAGCUUGUUUCCACCAAUCAAAACCACGUCAAUUUCAAACCCAGCUCCAUGAUUGGCUCUCUUGAAUUUGAAAGAGUUGUCCUGCUAACUAAAGGAUGUGAUAACAAGAAGAAACCUCAUGUUCCUGUGGCAACAGUUCGUCUUCUGAUAAACUACAAGAAGUCCCAUAAGGCAGUAGUACGGGUAAAUCCUACUGUGCCGCUGGCUGAGCUGAUGCCCACAGUGUGUGAGAAGUGUGAGUUCGACCCUGAUACCAGCAUCUUACUGAGGACAUAUCAAUCAGAGGAACCUCUGGAUCUAACACAAACACUCAGUGACUAUGGAAUCAGGGAGCUGUAUGCUAAAGACAUUAAAGGUGGUUAUGAAGAACAGAAAUCCCCAGUCAAAGAAAAGAAACACAGAGAGAAGGGAGACAAAGGUUUCUUUGGAUUAUUCAAGGACAAGAAAACGUCCGAGCAAGUUUGUACACCUGCUGUGGCUGGCAGUGCUCCUGAACAGAACGGCCAAUGUGCGGACAGGGUGAAUGGUGUUAAUGGCCACUUAACCUUACCCAGGGUCACUGCCGACAUGCCAAAGAAGAGACGAGCUCCUCGGCCUCCUUUGACGGUGUCCCAGAAUGUCACUUCUGGACUUCACACCAGAGAUUUUUCUGAUCUGUCAAAGAGUGACUCUUCUGGAAAACAGGGUCAACUCAGUCGUUUCUCAUCCACUGAGUCCUCCCUGAAAAGGUCUAAACGGAGAGCUCCGCUUCCACCUCCACUAUGUGAUGGCCCCACCAUGUCCGAUUCAGAUAACAAAGGAGGGGGAGCCUAACAGGCAGCGCAGUCUCCUUUCCUCCUCUUCUCCUCCAUGCAUGCUUCUCUGUUCCUGCUUUCAUUCACAGGCUAUUUGUUCUCUGUGUCUUUACCUAGCCUUCGUGUCUUAUGCACGUUGCACUGAACUAAAGUUCUCGUUGAGUCUUGUUUUGUUGUUUAAUUGACUUCCUUGCUUUAUGUCACUCCCUCUUACUUUAAACUGUAAUGUGAAGUCUUUUUCAGCUUGUUAUGUAGUAUUCUGGAGGAUAAAGGAAUGCACACCCAUGCAGGUCAAUAACAGUCAGAGUCAAUUUAUGCCUUAAAUAGAUUUCAUCAUUGUUUGUAGGUUCUAAUAUUUUUAAUAUAAAGUUAUUUCAGUGUUUGUGUAAUCUGUAGCACUUUAACACAAUUAAAUGUUGAUUUUGAGCCAGGGCUCCCAAGAUGGUUGUAAUCAGUGUUAGAUAUUUUUAUCUAUGUAACUGCGGUUCAGAUUAAUUCAAUUCAAUGUAUUUUUUUAUGUUGGGUUAAUAAGGAAUGAUUUAAUAAGUUAAUCUUAAAUUAUUCAGAAUUCAGAAAUUCCAAAUGAAUUCAUCAGCCACAAAUAAUCUACAUUUUUUGAUUAAAGCUGUUAAGUUUUGCUUUUUGUUAUAAUAAUUUUAAUGUUAUAUUCAUUG